GAAGAUGGUUUACUCCAUGUUUUGAUUUCAGUCAACAAAUAAGAGAUCAAGGAAGACGGCGUCGUUACGGCCGUGACGGUUAGUGCAGCUGUGGUUGGGUGGUAUAUUUUAACGUGAAUUUAAACAUGACAGCUAUUUUAUAGUACGAAUAAUUUGUGAGCAACGAGGGAUCUGUAAAGAGUAUUACUAAUGGUAAUGAUGAGACUGAACUCUGUAUUUCUAUAUUUUGUGUUGGCGGCUUUAUGUUUCAUUACACUUGGCGGACAUGAGGUGGAAGAAACCAGCAAACCUGCAGAUGCCUGUGGGGCUAAUCAGUUCAGAUGUGAGAACGGACACUGCAUCCCAUCACGAUGGAGGUGUGACUCCACUCCAGAUUGUGAUGAUGGCUCAGAUGAGCCACCUGACUGCAUACCAAGACUGUGCAGGCUGGGACAGUUUCAGUGCAACCUCACACGCAAGUGCAUCCCACUUGGCUGGAUAUGUGAUGGAGAGUCAGACUGCGGUAUCUCUAACAGGAUGGUUCCAGAUACAUCAGAUGAAAAUCCAAAACUAUGCCUGAAAGGUAUUCCCUGUCCUCCAAAUUAUUUUCGCUGUGAAGAAUCUCUUCAGUGCCUGCCUAUAAGAAUGCUCUGUAAUGAUGUUAUUGACUGUCCAGACAAAUCUGAUGAGGGAGAAUUCUGCUACAAUAAGAAAAUGUGUGAUUCAGUGCAGUGUGCACAUUUAUGCCGUCCAAGUCUGUCAGGUCCUAUCUGUUUCUGCCCUGAGGGACAACUACCCAAUAAGUCACACUGUGUUGAUUCCAAUGAAUGCCUCAUUGAUGGAUCAUGUGAUCAAGUUUGUAUCAAUAAGAAUGGCACUUUUGACUGUCAAUGUGUGUCAGGUUAUGAAAAAAAUGGUUCCAGUUGUAUUGCCAUCAAUGUACCAGAAGAUGAACCACCUAGUAUUGUGUUUAGUAGCACGUCAGAUAUCCGACGGAUUCAUCUUAAUGGUUCAUCAUUCCCUGGCAAUAGUUCAUUGACUCCUCUUCAGACCUUGGCGCUAGAAUUCAAUCAUCGGAAUCGUAGUCUUUGUUUCGUCCGCCAUAACUCCAGCAAUACAAAACUCAGUUGUGCCAAUAUUGAUGAUCUUCAUGAUUCUUGGGAUCUUCCUACACCAGCCAUGUUUUCAUUGGAUUCAAUGACACAUAUAGCAUUGGACUGGAUCUCAGGAAACUGGUACUUCUUAGAUGAUACACGUGAGAUGAUUUUCCUGUGUAACUCAACAAUGAACACAUGUGUUAUCCUAGUUGAAGUGAACUUGAGCAAGCCCAGGGGCAUAGCACUGGACCCUACUAAAGGGUACAUGUUCUUCACCAAGUGGGGAGCUUCAAGUCCAAUGUUGGAGCGUACCACACUAGAUGGUUUGAACAGGACAACUCUUGUGCAACAAAAUAUAGUAUAUCCAUAUGGAGUGACAGUUGAUUAUCCCACACAGCAUGUCUACUGGGUGGACACAUACUUGGAUUUUGUGGAGAGGAUUGACUAUGAUGGUUCUAACAGGCGAACAAUCAGGAAGGGAUUUCUAGUGCAGAAUUUGUACGAUAUCACCAUUUUUGAGAACAAUUUAUAUGUGACGAGUUGGCGUAACCAGAGCAUCAUUCGGCUUCAUAAGUUCAACUCUGAUGACCAUGAGACUGUCGCUAACCUAAGCCGGCCUUUUGCUAUUGAUAUUUUCCACAGGCAACGACAACCAGAAGAAUCACAUCCAUGUGGUUUGAACAAUGGUGGCUGCCAGCAUAUCUGUAUUCCAUCAUGGAGGACAGGACGUCCUGUAACACAAUGUUUGUGUAAAGCAGGUUACAAGUCCAUACAGAAUGGAAAUUGUGAAGAGGCUAAACAGUCACAGUUCUUGCUGUUUGGGAAAGCUCGUCCAGCAGUGAUUAAAGGAAUCUCAUUGACGGGGAAGCAGAGGCCACAAGAGGUGAUGAUUCCAGUCAUGGAUUUGUCACAACCAGCUGCACUUGACUAUGAUGUCAGAACACAGUACAUUUACUACUCUGAUGUCCAGAGAUAUGUAAUUGAACGUCAGAAGAUAGAUGGAUCAGAGCGUUCAGUGGUUCUUAACAAAGGUUUAAAUAAAUGUGAAGGCCUGGCCAUUGAUUGGAUGGGUCGCAAUAUCUACUGGACUGACCAGGGUCUGAGAGCCAUUGGUGUUGCCAGGUUGGGUGAUACAGCUCAAAGGAAACAUUUUCUGUACCCAAAGAUGUACCAUCCCAGGGCCAUUGUAGUCCAUCCUGAGAUGGGCCUUAUGUUUUGGACAGACUGGGUAAGUUCAACACCACAGAAUGGAAAGAUCGAACAAGCAUGGAUGGAUGGAACAAACCAAAAGUCUCUUAUCGAAUUGCAGUUGCAUUGGCCUAAUGGUCUCAGCAUCGAUUAUGUGGACAGGAAGUUAUACUGGUGUGAUGCUUUCCUUCAUAAGAUUGAGCGUGCUGAUUUGGAUGGAAAUAACAGAGAGAUUGUUUAUGGUGGACCCCAGUUACACCAUCCAUAUGGAUUGGCAUAUUUCGAUCAUUAUAUUUAUUGGACUGAGUUCCAGAAGGGAACUGUUCAUCGCAAAAAGCUCAGCACAGAAGAAGACACAACUGAAACACUGAGUGAAGAAUUCUCAUCCCUCUUCGAGAUCCGUGUGUAUGACAACACCUCUCAAACAGGUUCAAAUGCUUGUUCAUAUAACAACAAUGGCUGCUCAGAAUUGUGUCUGGCUGUUCCAAAUGGCACAGUGUGUGUGUGUCGAGAUGGAUAUAUUUUGGUUGGCAACAUAUGUGUAGUCCAGCCCAAUUACACAGCUCCUUCACACUGUGCGGCGCAUAACUUUCAGUGUCGAGACAAUCUUCGUUGCAUCGACAGCCAUCAUGUAUGUGAUGGCGACAAUGAUUGUGGUGAUGGUUCAGAUGAAGAUACAGGAGCAGGAGGAAUAUGUGAGAAUAUGCACUGCCGUGAUGACCAGUUCCGUUGUGACAGCAAUCGAUGCAUCACACGAUACUGGGUCUGUGAUGGGGGUAAGGAUUGUUUUGAUGGCUCUGAUGAGGAUCCAAAGGAAUGUGCCAACACUACUUGCAGUCCAACACAGUUCACCUGCAUGGUAUCAAAGCGUUGCAUCCCUCUGACUUGGAUGUGUGAUUAUGAUCGUGACUGUGGAGAAGGAGACACAUCUGAUGAACCCAGCAACUGUGAAUAUUCUGCAUGCCUGCCAACUGAAUUUGAGUGCUAUAACAAACACUGUGUGGCAUAUGACUAUUAUUGUGAUGGUGAUGAUGACUGUCGAGACGGGAGUGAUGAAGUAGGCUGUGAAGAUUUCUGUGAUGCUGCAACGCAGAUUUUCUGCCCAUUGGACACACCACCAUGUCUUCCGAUAUCGCGUAGAUGCGAUGGUCAUGUGGACUGUACUGAUGGUAUUGAUGAAGCCAACUGUAAUGAAACUAGACCUGGAAAAAUGUGCAAAGCACAUCAGUUCCGUUGCGCAGAUGGUAGUGCAUGCAUUAAGAAGGGGCUUGUGUGUAACAAGCACAAUAACUGCAUUGAUGGAUCUGAUGAAAAAUACUGUGAUCAUGCCUGUGGUGUUCAUGAGUUUCGCUGUGAUGAUGGAGCAUGCAUCAGAACAAAAUUUGUUUGUGAUGGUCAUGAAGACUGUAUGGAUGGCUUGGAUGAAAAAGAUUGCAAUGGGACAAUACAUGAGCUAGACAUAAAGACACCUAUACCAGAGGUCUCAACAGAGGCCCCCUCUGAAUGCCACUACCCCUCACAGCUGUGUAAUAAUGGAACCCUCUGUUUGCCUGUUGACUGGCUGUGUGAUGGGAAGUCAGACUGUGAAGAUGGUUCUGAUGAAGGACUUCGCUGUGGUGAGCGUGUCUGUGAUCGAAGCAGUGAUUGCAGCCAUUACUGCCAUGAUGCCCCUACUGGCAGUAUCUGCUACUGCCCCAGCGAUCUUCACUUGCAGCCAGAUAAAGUGACAUGUCUGUCCACUCAUCCUUGUGAAGCAUGGGGUGUAUGCUCUCAGUUGUGCCAGCCGUUAAAGUAUGGACACAAGUGUUUGUGUGAAGAAGGUUACAAGCUCCACCAUGAUGGUUUUACGUGUAAGAGCAUAGAAAAUGCAACAGCUUUUGUGAUCUUCUCAAAUAGACAUGAGCUAAGAGGUGUUGAUCUUCAGACAUUCAAUGUUAAGGCUUUAAUCUCUAGCCUUAAGAACACAAUUGCUCUUGACUUUUAUUAUAAGGAAGACUCAAAUACAGUUGUUAUCUAUUGGACUGAUGUUAUUGAUGACAAGAUCUAUCGUGGAACACUUGUCGGUGGCUCUUUGAGCAACAUUGAGGUGGUGGUUCAGACUGGAUUGGCAACAGCUGAGGGCCUUGCAGUUGAUUGGAUUGGACAGAAUCUGUACUGGGUUGAGAGUAAUCUUGAUCAGAUAGAGGUGGCAAGACUGAAUGGAAGCUUCAGGCGAACUCUUAUAGCUGGGGACAUGGAGUCUCCCAGGGCAAUUGCACUUGAUCCAAGAUUUGGCUUGCUGUUCUGGACAGACUGGGAUGCAAAUGCUCCUCGUAUAGAACGCUGCAGCAUGAGCGGACAAGACCGUAUCAUUGUAGUACGAGUGGAUCAGGUGACAGAUGGAGCUUGGCCUAAUGGUCUCACUCUUGACUAUGUAUUGAAGAGAAUAUAUUGGAUAGAUGCAAGGUCAGAUUCCAUUCACACCACACUUUAUGAUGGUUCUGAUUACCGAGAAGUUAUGAGAGGCCAUGAACUGUUGUCACAUCCAUUUGCAAUUGCACUUUUUGGCAACUAUGUAUACUGGACAGAUUGGCGGACCAAUGCUGUUAUCAGAGCUAACAAGUGGAAUGGCUCUGAUAUUAGCGUGAUCCAGCGAACUCUUACGCAGCCUUUUGAUAUACAGAUUCUUCAUCCAAGUCGACAGCCUAGAGAUGUGAAAAAUCCAUGUGGAGAUAACAAUGGAAACUGCUCACACCUGUGUCUGCUGAGUGUGAAUGGUACAUUCAAGUGUGAUUGUCCCCAUGUUAUGCGCCUGAAUGAAGAUCAGCGUACCUGUGUUGUGAACGAGCGAGUGCUACUCUUCUCCCGAGCCAGUGAGAUCCGGGGUGUGGACUUGGGAAUGCCCUACUAUCACACGAUUCCCACCAUCAGUCUACCGCAGGUGCUGUCUCCAUCGCAGCUGGACUUUGUUGCUGCAAAUCGCAAAAUCUAUUGGACCGAUGUACAAGUGAACGAGGUAAAACGAACUGGGCUGACUGGUGGUGUUACUGAGAGCAUCAUAGACACAGGCAUUGAGCAGCCUACAGGUUUUGCUAUUGAUUGGAUCUCAGGGAACAUGUUCGUGAGUUCAUUUCGCUCAGUCAGCAGCCACGUCUUAGUGUGCAGCUUGGAAGGAGAAAUGGUAGCAACAGUGAUUGAAGGUGGAUAUUUCCAGAUUCGUUCAUUAGCAUUGGACCCUGUUCGUGGGAAGCUGUAUUGGAGUGACUGGAAUAGUGAUAAUUAUUCAAUACAUCAAGCUCACAUGGAUGGGAAUGAACAGAAAAUGUUGGUUUCUCAUCGAGAUGACCAAACUCUGCACUGCCCACAAAUUGGCGAAGAUGUAGAUCUUAUGGUUGUAACACCAUAUUUCAGAGGAGCAUUGAGCUGCAAAUCAGCCCUGAAGAUUGAGGCAGAAUGUGAAGCAAAUGGUUCCAAAAGUUUAUAUCAACACAAUAAUGAUCUAAAUCAGGGGUCGUCAACCUUUUUGUACCUACCACCCACUUUUGUAUCUUUGUUGAUGGUAAAAUUUCCUUACCGCCCACCGGUGCCGCCCGUACUGCCCACCACCAUGAAAGAGCAUUUAGAAAUAAAUUGUUUCCAAGUAAGCAGCCAACAGCUGCAGAAUUUCAGUUAUAAAAGCAUAGGAUUGAAAAUAUAUACAUACGUGACAGUCUUGUUUUAUUUGAUUGCAGGCAUUGAGCAGCCUACAGGUUUUGCUAUUGAUUGGAUCUCAGGGAACAUGUUCGUGAGUUCAUUUCGCUCAGUCAGCAGCCACGUCUUAGUGUGCAGCUUGGAAGGAGAAAUGGUAGCAACAGUGAUUGAAGGUGGAUAUUUCCAGAUUCGUUCAUUAGCAUUGGACCCUGUUCGUGGGAAGCUGUAUUGGAGUGACUGGAAUAGUGAUAAUUAUUCAAUACAUCAAGCUCACAUGGAUGGGAAUGAACAGAAAAUGUUGGUUUCUCAUCGAGAUGACCAAACUCUGCACUGCCCACAAAGCUUGUCUGUGGAUUUGGAAUCUAGGAGACUGUACUGGGUAAAUGCAGGGCGCGACUCUGUGCAGUAUUAUGAUUUUAUCACAAAUCAAGUUGAGACUGUACAUUUGAACAAUGAUCAUCCUACUGCAGCUACUGUGUAUCAUGGAAUGCUGUAUUAUGCCAAUGAUGAUGAUAAUGCCAUACAUGUAGCCAAUAAAACAACUGGAGCAGACAACAGUAUUCUCAGAAACAAUACUGCCAGUGUGACGUCCCUGCGAAUAUAUGAUCCAGAAGUGCAGAUUGGUGAUAAUGCCUGUUCCGUAAACAAGGGCAAUUGCUCCCACCUUUGUUUACCAGUCUCGGAGACAAAGCGUGUGUGCAUGUGUGCUACAGGCUACAAAACUGAUUCUAAUGACCCUACAAAAUGUAUUGGAAUCAAGGAGUUCCUUUUUUACUCCAUUAACUGGGAGAUUAAAGGUCUGCCUCUCGGAGAUGACAACACAACACAAGUUUUAGGGCCAAUAUCUCGGGUGUCCAUGGCAAGCAGCAUUGACUUUCAUGCAGAGUUGGAUUAUCUGUACUGGGCAGACAGUGAUCAUGGCACAGUGACUCGGAUCAGACGUGAUGGCACAGGCCGGCAAACUGUAGUAGAACACUUUGAGUCAAUGGAGAGCAUUCCAGUUGAUUGGUUGCCAGGUCUGGCUGUUGAUUGGGUUGCUGGAAAUAUCUACUGGACAGACCCAAAGUUUAACGUAAUAGAGAUGGCAAAACUUAAUGGCUCCUGCCGUUACGUAGUUGUUACUGGGAACCUGGACAAACCAACAGCUAUUGCAGUGGAUCCUCCACAUGGCUUUCUCUUUUGGAGUGAUGCUGGAAAGGAGCCAAGACUUGAAAGAGCAAGACUUGAUGGCUCACAGAGACUUGUCCUGGUAAAUGACACUGGCAACUCUAUCAAUGACAUUGCUCUGGACUAUGAGAACCAAAAGCUAUACUGGUGUGAUUCAAGAAGCAACAGAAUUGAGAGGAUAAGCUAUGAUGGCUCUGACCGUGAGGUGUUGCUAGAACAGUCAUUAGACAACCCCCGAGCCAUCACUUUAUACCAGGAUAGUGUGUUCUGGAUUGACAUUGCGUAUGAACGUGGCAGCAUCUUGUCAUCGCCUGUGUCAAAUCUCUCAGACCAUAGAGUGCUGUUGUCAGGAGCAGGCGAUUCUUUGAAAGAUAUCCAGGUCUUCACUAAAGGUCGACAGCAGGGCACCAAUCCUUGUGCAGUUAACAAUGGAGGCUGCUCAGAGUUAUGUCUGUUCAAUGGAACACACCCUGUGUGUGCUUGUGCACAUGGCAAAGUUACAUCUGUUGGCACCUGUGAAGAUUACGAUAGUUUCCUGGUCUAUUCUCGUGUUGUACGAAUUGACACCAUUAAUAUGUUUGAUGAAUUCAACCGCAAUGCUCCUUUCCAAAGCAUUCAGUCUAAGGACUAUAUGAGGAAUGCAAUUGGACUAUCAUUUGAUUAUGAGCGCAAGAAAAUAUUUUACUCUGACAUUCAGCGUGGGAGCAUCAAUUCAGUUUAUUUCAAUGGCUCUGGUCACAUUCCCAUUGUUGAAAGACAGGGUUCUGUUGAAGGUUUAGCAUAUGAGGUCAUUAACAAUGCACUGUAUUGGACAUGCAACAAUGAUGCAACUAUAAAAAAAAUAGCUCUAACAAGCAAUGAGACAAAAGUGGAGCAUAUAAUUACCCUGGGACCAAACGACAAACCCCGAGGCAUUGAUGUUGACAGUUGUAACAUGCGCUUAUACUGGACUAACUGGAAUUCACACAACCCAGCCAUUCAAAGAGCAUAUUUUAACGGAUAUAAUAUGGAAAGCAUCAUUACAACUGACAUCCGUAUGCCAAAUGCUCUAACCUUGGACCAUAAGGCCCAGAAACUGUACUGGGGUGAUGCUAGGCUAGACAAGAUAGAACGAGCAGAAUAUGAUGGUUCAAACAGAGUGAUCCUGGCAAAAGCUACGCCACAACAUCCAUUUGAUCUUGCUGUGUAUGGUGACUAUAUUUUCUGGACAGACUGGGUCCGUAAUGCAGUUAUUCGAGCUAAUAAAUACACAGGUGAAGAUGUUGUAUUGCUCAGGAAGGAAGUACCAAGACCAAUGGGCAUAAUUGCUGUUGCUAACGACACGAAUGAUUGUCUGUCAAAUAAAUGCCACAUCCUGAAUGGUGGUUGUGAAGAUGAGUGCAAACUUGAUGCUGCAGGAGAAGUUUUAUGUCAAUGUAUCUCUGGCCGCACCUUGAUGGGAGAUGGUCGGCGGUGCACCAGCAAGGAUGCAGACUGCAAUGAACAAGAAUUCCGCUGCUCGUCUGGAGGUUGCAUUCCUUACCAUCUAACCUGUGAUGGGAUCCCAGCAUGUGAAGAUGAUUCUGAUGAAGAUCCUCAUUUCUGUGCCCUGCGCACAUGUCAACCUGGCUACUUCCAGUGCCAUAAUAGCCGCUGUGUGCCAAGUAACCAAACUUGCAACCAGGUGAAUGACUGUGGUGACUUUAGUGAUGAACUUCAUUGCUCGUGUUCAUCUGAUCAACACUUUCGCUGUGCUUCUGGUCAGUGCAUUUUGGCCAGCUUCCGCUGUGACAAUGAUCCUGACUGUCCAGAUGCAAGUGAUGAAAUGCACUGUGACAAACCACGAAAUUGUUCAGAAUUACAGCCUUCACUGCCAUUGAUUGCCUGCAACUAUACUACAGCUUGCAUUCAUGUGAAUUGGAUCUGUGAUGGAGAAAAUGACUGCUGGGACAACAGUGAUGAAGAGAAUUGUGACUAUCAUACAGCAACAUUUUCACCACAGCAGUGUACUGCAGAACAGUUCCGGUGUGCCAGUGGCAGUUGCAUCAUGAAAACAUGGCAGUGUGACAAAGACAAUGAUUGUGAUGAUGCAGUUGGAGAUGAAAAAAGUUCUGAUGAGAAGAACUGCACUUACUUCUGCCGUCCAGAUCAAUUUAAGUGCAAUAAUUCUGACUGCAUUCCGUUGACUUGGCGUUGUGAUGGCACUUCUGACUGCUCUGAUGAGUCAGAUGAAACAGAAUACUGCAAAACACGAGUGUGUCCAAACACAGACUUCCUGUGUAACAGCACUGGACGAUGUAUUCCAUUGACAUGGGCAUGUGAUGGAGAGGAAGACUGUAGUGAUGGUUCUGAUGAAAGUAUAGAAGUGGGCUGUCUGAGAGGAGAUAUGACAAUGUGCCCACCAAACCAGUUUCGAUGUGCAAAUCAUCAGUGCAUUGAUGAGGAGUACUUCUGUGAUAGAGAUGAUGACUGUGGAGAUGGGUCCGAUGAACCACUGUAUUGUAAUAAGGAGUGUCGCAGUAAUGAGAUGGCCUGCAAGAAUGGUAAAUGCAUUCUUGCUGUGUGGAAAUGUAAUGGAUUUGACAACUGUGGAGACAAUUCAGAUGAGGAAGACUGUCAAAACAGUAGUACGUUGGAUGGGUGCCAAGGCGCAGACAUAUUCAAGUGCAACAAUGACUUGUGUAUUAACGAGACUUUGCUGUGUAAUGGGGAGAAUGACUGUGGCGAUUACAGUGAUGAGGAACGAUGCAAUAUCAAUGAAUGUGAAGACCAUAAACCAUGUGCUCACAUCUGCAGUGACAAGAAGGUUGGUUAUGAAUGUCUGUGUCAUCCUGGCUAUCAAGUUCAUUCAAAGGAUCCACAUCUGUGUUCUGAUAUUGAUGAAUGUACAGAUCGACCCUGCAGUCAGGUGUGUCGUAAUGUGCUGGGCUCCUAUGUCUGCUCAUGUGUUAAUGGCUUCGUGCUGCGAGCAGAUAAGCACUCCUGCAAAAUCAACUCCAGUAUUGAUCCGUCGCUGAUAUUCACAAAUCGAUACUACAUCCGAGAGCUGGAUCUUAAUGGACGCAGUACUCUUCGUGCUCAUAAUCUGACAAAUGCAGUUGCUCUGGAUUACGACUGGGCAGAACAGUGCAUCUACUGGUCUGAUGUGACUGCACUGGGAAGCAGCAUUAAACGAUUCUGUGGUACUGGUGAUGGUUCCUACCAGGUGUUGCACUCAGCAACUCUUCAAAAUCCUGAUGGUCUUGCUGUUGACUGGGUAAGCAGAAAUCUGUACUGGUGUGACAAAGGACUGGAUACUAUUGAGGUUUCCAAAUUGGAUGGGCGUUACCGCAAAGUUUUGAUUAACACAGGACUGCAGGAGCCACGAGCCAUUACCCUUGAUCCAAGGAAUGGUUACAUGUACUGGACAGACUGGGGAGAUACACCAUAUAUUGGAAAGGCUGGAAUGGAUGGCUCAGACCAGAGGAUACUAGUCAAUGAUUCACUGGGCUGGCCAAAUGCUCUGACCAUCUCAUAUGAAACAAAUGAACUGUUUUGGGCAGAUGCAAGGGAAGAUUAUAUUGCAGUCUCGGAUUUAGAAGGCAUGAACAGGAAGAUAGUGCUUAGCAGAGAGAGAGAUCCUAAAGUUAUGUUGCAUCACAUCUUUGCCUUAACUGUACUGGAAGAUUAUCUGUAUUGGACAGACUGGGAAACGAAAGCUGUUAGACGAUGCCGCAAGUAUAAUGGCACUGACUGUAGCACCCUGACAACAACAGUACAUCGUCCCAUGGAUAUACACGUGUACCAUCCACUACGUCAGGCUGAAGUGCCUGACAACCCAUGUCUGCACAAUGGUGGCUGUAGUACACUGUGUCUGUUAACCCCAAAUCAUGGCUACCAGUGUGCAUGUCCAGAGAAUUUUGUCCUGGAUGGAGAUGGAAAGAGCUGCAUUGCCAACUGCACCACUGCGCACUUUGUGUGUGAUUCCACUUACAAAUGCAUCCCAUUCUGGUGGAAGUGUGACACGCAGGAUGAUUGUGGUGAUGGCUCAGAUGAACCUAAUUUCUGCCCCAAAUUUGAGUGCAUGCCAGGACAAUUCCAGUGUGAAAACUCACACUGCAUCCAUCCAUCCCAGCUCUGCAAUGGCGAGUCAGAGUGUCAUGAUGGUUCAGAUGAAGUGGAUUGUAAUCAGGUUAGUAAGAGGAAUUAUCUGGCUUUGGCACUACAAAUGAAUAAUGUUAUUCUUGACAGAUGCAUUCCUGGCCGCUGGCAUUGUGAUUAUGACAAUGACUGUGGUGAUCAUUCAGAUGAGGAUGGCUGUGUUCCCCGGGAAUGCUCUGAAUCAGAGUUUCGCUGCGGUGAUGGUCGAUGCAUACGUGGAGUUCAUCAUUGUGAUGGGGAAUAUAAUUGUGAUGAUCACAGUGAUGAAAAUGAUUGCAACACAACCUGCAGCCAGUUCGAAUUUCAGUGCCAGAACCCACAUUACUGCAUAUUCAUAGAAUGGAAAUGUGAUGGAGACACUGACUGCAGUGAUGGUUCUGAUGAAGCCAAUUGUAAUGAGUCAUGUCCAGACAACCAGUUUACUUGCCAAAAUAAGCAGUGUAUUAGCCAGUCUUGGCGCUGUGAUGGGGAUGAUGAUUGUGGUGAUAACUCAGACGAAACUCAGUGUGAGACUCUUGCUUGUCCUCCAGGUCGACACAGGUGCAAGAAUCAUAUCUGCAUCUCUCCUAUAAAUAUUUGUGAUGGUAUAAACAACUGUGGAGACUCAUCUGAUGAAGACCCUGCAACCUGUCAACAGUCUGGCCACUGUGCUACUGAUCAAUUCAAGUGUGCCAACAAGAACUGCAUUAGCAGCAAAUUCCGCUGUGAUGGAUUUAAUGACUGUGGAGAUGGUUCUGAUGAAGAAGACUGCAUUCAACCACCAUGUCAUUUUGGAACCUGUUCACAGAUCUGUGUAGAAAAGAAGGGAGGAAACUUUUCUUGCCACUGCGCUCCAGGUUUCAUAGGGGAAGGAACAUCGAGGAACAGGACUUGUUUGGCGAGAGGAAAACCUGCCCGCCUCAUUGUUGCUGGUGAAAUGGAUCUAAGAGACUUGAAUACGUACAAAGCUGGCGAAAACUCUCUAAUCCAUGCCCUUAGCAAAUCAUUUAAUGACCGUGGUCAAAAAGUGGAGUCAGUGGAUAUAUUAUGGGAUCUAACAAAGCCAACAAUAUUCUGGUCUGACCACCACAGCAAGAUGAUCAGGAGGUCUUAUUUCUAUGAUUUGUCCUCAACAUCGAAUCAAACCCAGUCACGGAGAGUGCAGCGAGAUGACUUGAACAUUGUGGCAUCAAACUUGGUAGACCCACGUGGACUGGCUGUGGACUGGGUGGGCAUGCGUGUGUAUUGGGUAGAUGCAGGACUUGAUGUGAUUAUGGUCUCUGAAUUAACUGGAGAUAAGAAAUGUACACUCAUACACACCGAACUGGAUCAACCUCAUGACAUUGUUGUGGACCCUCAAUCUGGGCUUAUGUUCUGGUCUGACUGGGGUGUGAAUGGUCGUAUUGAAUCAGCAUAUAUGGAUGGAACUGGGCGUCAUUCACUUGUAGAUACAAUGGUACAGUGGCCAACUGGACUUGCAGUAGACUACCCAGCUAGAAGACUAUAUUGGACUGAUCCCAAAGCAUAUACUAUAGAAAGUGUAGAUCUGAAUGGACAAGAUCGUCAGGUCAUCAAAAGAUUCCCACAUAGGGAGAAACCAUACAAAGUGGAAGUGUUUGAAGACAACCUGUAUGUUAGCACAUACCAGACUAACAACAUCAUUAAACUGAACAAGUUUGGACGUGGUGAUCUGACAUACCUGACGCGGGGACUGAAUAGAGCAUCAGACAUCCUUAUUGUUCAGGAAAACAAGCAAAUGAACAUGAGUAAUCCAUGUUAUCGAUCCCUGUGCCACAAUUCAACUCUUUGUCUGCUGGGAGCCAGCCGGAGUCAGACAGAGCCAGGCUAUUCUUGUGUGUGCCCAGAUGGUUUAGUGAAAACCAUUGCUAGUGACAACAAGAGCAACAGUCCACAGGUUGUGUGCAUACCAACUGUGAGACCUCCGAAGGUGUGUGACUUAGACUGUCAUAAAGGAAUGUGUCAGAUUGUGAACGAUGUUCCUACAUGUAAAUGUCUGUCAUUGUACAGUGGUGACAGGUGUCAGCACUACCGCUGUUCACAGUAUUGUAAAAACAAAGGUCUGUGCUUUGCAGACCUUCUGGCCACUUUUUCAAGUGACUCUUCACCUCCACUUAAGUGUAACUGCCCUCCUCAGUGGACUGGGGAGCGCUGUGAGUUCCCAGUUCUCAUAUGUGAGAAUCGAUGCCUCAACAAUGGUACCUGCUACAGACCUCGCCCAGGUUUGGCACAGUGUAAUUGCCUCCCAGGUUUUACAGGGAGUCGCUGUGAGAAUUGUGUCAGCUUCAUAUGUCAGAACGGAGGAAUCUGUAACCGCACUAAUGGCGUCGAACAAUGUAAUUGCCCCAGUGGGUACAGUGGCUUGCGCUGUGAAAGAUCUGACUGUGAAGACUACUGUGUGACAGGUACAUGCAGCUUAACUGGAGAAGGACCUGUUUGUAAGUGCCCCGCUAGCUAUGCUGGUAAAAGAUGUGAACAUGACAGUUGUGUGGGCCACUGCCAAAAUGGAGGAACAUGUACACCUGGAGCUAAGGAUCUAGUCUGUAACUGCCCACCCCUAUUCACUGGACGCCGAUGUGAGGUGGACUUGUGCUCUUGCACCCCAUGUCUGAAUUCAAGUCAUGCAGAUUGCAAGUGUCCAUCUCAACGUCCUAUUGAGUGCCAGAGUUCCUGCUUUCCUGGGCAAUGUCAGAAUGGCGGCACAUGCAUCCGAAUGCCACAUCAGUCCUACUGCAAGUGUACAGACGACUAUGGGGGAUGGGACUGUUCCAUUUACAACGGGCGGCAAAAUCCGUGCCAUGGUUACUGUAAUCAAAAUGGGAGAUGUUCAUACGUCAAACAGGGUUUGAAGUUAUCAAAUCCUGUAUGUAGUUGCUAUCCUGGCUGGACUGGGCCUCGGUGUGAGGAGAAGUUACCAUCAGCCUGCAAAGCCUACUGCUUCAAUGGUGGAACAUGUCAGGAAUCACCAGACCCCAGCUUGAAACCUAGUUGCAUAUGCCUGACCACGAACACGGGUGACCGCUGUCAGUCUCCCGUGGCCCACGAAUCAGAUGGAAAUAGUAGUUCUGUCAUCAUGGUGGUGAUCAUUGCAGUUGCUUUCCUGCUGGUGCUUGUGGGUUUCCUCUUGCUGGCUUACUACAUGAUGCGGCGCAGGAGAAGUGGGAAGCCAUUCAUGCAUGUUCGUAUGCAAGAAAAUGUUGAAAUCAGCAAUCCUAUGUACCUGCGAGAAGAGGUAGAUGAUGAUGCUGAUGCCAUGGAUGGGAACUUCACUCUUGACACAGACAAGAGUGGAAACUUUGCAAACCCAGUA